AUGCGCACAAUAUGGGCCCGGGCGACUCGACCUAGGGCGAGCUUCAACCCAGCUCCCCGAUUAUCAGUCAACUCGUUACUGGCAAGACGGUCUGUCGCUGCCAGUGCCUCCCGAACCCAGAUAGCCGCAUGCGACGUCUUCGCUCUUUUCCUAGGGCCAUUGCUUGCUGCCGCCGCGUUCGCCGAUGUGUCAUGGAAGGACAAGAAAAGGAAAGAGUGGGAAUCUCGUUUUGCUAAGAUCAAUCAAGACCUCGAGUUAUUACGGGCACGCGAAGUAGAAUUAUGGACAAGAAUCCAGUAUCGCUCGGUGCGAAAUGGUGUCGGUCAGCACAGGCGGAUGUACUCGACGGCCGCAGCCACCGUUGUUCCAGAUCAACCUAUCCUCAACGACUGGAUGGACGACAGCUCGUCCAACCAUAUCGAACUCGUCGAAGAUGCUCUUCCCCCGGCUGACUCUAGCCCUAUAUCACCUCAUGAUCGUGAUUCCAGCGGCUCCGAAAUUUCAUACCCCGAGCUGCCACUCGAUUCGUCCUCGCUGCACUACGAAAGACUUCUCGCCUUGCGAUUAGCCUUGCAGCUAAUAUUGCAAGUGUACACUGGCUCAAAUGAGCUAUACCCCGAAUCCAACCGCACUUUCAUCGAGGACAAUGCUCUACCUGAAGACUUCGGCAAGGUGGUCGUCCGGCUCCAUGCCGUGACGAGGGAAUUGAUCGAGCUCGAUCGCAGACGGGAUCUCGCCAAAGACGGCAUACCGUUCAGACACACUCCCCGUCCCGAAGAUCGCGCGAAUCAGCGAAGAGACAUCAUCGCGCUGGGAAGUCUCUUCAGAGACGGAUCAAUUACAACAUCGGGCCUUGUUGACCGCGUGACGCAAUGGUUGUUGCAGGAAGGACAGACUCCGCCCGGGCCAGUGCUUUAUGCCAAGCUCGUUAUGCUCUUCAGCUUCAACAAUCUUCCAGAGUUGGCUCGACAUGCUCUACAGGCACUCACAAAUACCACCUAUGCCAUUGACGAAAGAGAAAUCUGCAGCAUGCUUGAACACAGCUCUAAUUUGAGAGAUGUGAAGACCUUUGACUGGGUGAUCCAUCAACUGACAAGUGCGAACGGUGUACUGGUCAGCGGCGGUCAACGCUGGGAGUGGUGGCGCGUGUCUGGUGUUCUAUUACCCGUUCCGAGCAACCAGAGCGCGCGACUGUUGCGCGCGCUGAUUCGGUGUGCCCUCAAUUUUGGUGAUCCACAACGAGCCGAAGCGUAUGCCACACUGGAAAGCAUCUCAAAAGACCCCUACAUGAUGGGCUUUGCUCUCAAGGCGUUCCUCCAGUACUAUGCCCGAGCUAAGGACUGGCAAUUAGGCCGAAAAUGGCUUAGGAAAACCUACGAAUGGAUUGAUAGAUGGAAUCUCGAAGGGCGCACAGGGCCAAACGGCCUGAGUGCUGUGCUCCUACGCAUUUUCGAUCUGCUCGUUGCCUGCGACCAGCGAGACGAUCAGUGGACGCUGCUCGAAGCAGUAGUUGCUGCUGGAGUUGAGCCACCAAGGCUGGAUGCCUCAAAAGGUGAAAGUACAGCCAGAGUCGAAUUCAUCGUUCGCCAGUGGCAGGGUUUGAUCAACGAAAACAACCCCGACGCAUUGACCUCGCAAAGCUAUUCUAGCCUGAAGGAAUUCAUGAGUACAUUCCACAUUUUUACCCAAGGAGAUGCGCCGAGAUCAUACCCCGACCUAUCUCUGCCGCCACAAUCGUCACUCGAUGUUGAUGCUUUGAAGGAGGUUAAUGAACGAUACGAAGCUGCUCUUGCCCGGAUGGAGGCCCAAGUAUCUGAAAGCCGGCGGUUACAUGAAGAGCUCCGGUUAGCUGCCACAAGGACACCCGCAGUCGAUCCGAUACCUCAGUCGGCUGCGGUUACCCAGGCCGACAUGAGCAAACUCUUCGAACUGAUCAGCCGCGAGCGCCAAACCCAUGUCCGAAUGCACCGGGAGCAGCAGGAGGCCAUGAAAGAACAGGAGAUGAAGAUUCAGGCGCUGCAAGAGCAGCUCCGAUCGGUGACUGAGGAGGCGAAGAAGAAUGCCGCCGCUGUCAAAACAAUCCCAUCGACGUCUGAUGCCCCACCACACACAUCUUCACCUCCGGAUUCCUCCCAUCAGUCGACGUUGGAAGAGCUUCACAAUGUGGCCACGGCCGCCUACGCCAGUACCGCCUCAACCAGGGGCUCACCCCCGAUGCCGCAGGGGCGGAUAUCGCUUUCCGGAAAGAUCAAUGGUUUUGGAUCGCCCAUAAGCGAGACCGCAGACGAGGCAAGCCACGACACCGACAGCGACAGCCAACGAGAUUCGGGCUACGACUCCGACUCCUCGUCGACGUCGACUUCGAUGUCAAUGUCUCCCAACACCCGUGCGCCAAGUGCAGCGCGUGCCGGUAAGAGGCUCUACAGUCCCCCAGCACGGGCGAAGCAGCACGCAUCAUCUGCCACCAACCCGUCUACGGCCCCGAGCGACGCUGCCGAGCCUACCGUGAGAAUCCUACGUGUCCGCGCCAAGCCGGACAAGAAAGAUGCCCGGGCGACGCCGCCAUACAGGCGAGUAUGGCUGGAUUCUCUGCCCACGGCAGAGUCUGAGCUUGAUGGCGUGAGGCGAGACGAGACGGCUUGA